AUGGCCACGGCCGGGGCGCUGGCGGGUCUGGCCGCCGGCUUGCAGCGCCCGCGGGUCGUCCCUAGCCCGGACUCGGACUCCGACACGGACUCGGAGGACCCCAGCGCCCGGCGCAGCGGGGGCGGACGGCUGCGCUCGCAGGUCAUCCACAGCGGUCACUUCAUGGUGUCGUCUCCGCACAGUGACUCGCUGACCCGGCGGCGCGACCAGGAGGGGCCCGUGGGGCUCGUCGACUUCGGGCCGCGCAGCAUCGACCCCACACUCACCCGCCUCUUCGAGUGCAUGAGCCUGGCCUACAGUGGCAAACUGGUUUCUCCCAAGUGGAAGAAUUUCAAAGGCCUCAAGCUGCUCUGCAGAGACAAGAUUCGCCUCAACAACGCCAUCUGGAGAGCCUGGUAUAUCCAGUAUGUGGAACGGAGGAAGAGCCCUGUAUGUGGCUUCGUGACCCCCUUGCAAGGACCAGAGGCUGAUGAGCACCGGAAACCAGAGGCCGUGGUCCUGGAGGGGAAUUACUGGAAGCGGCGCAUCGAGGUGGUGAUGCACGAGUACCACAAGUGGCGCAUCUACUACAAGAAGCGGCUCCGUAAGUCCAGCAGGGAAGGGGAUCUCCUGGCGACAAAGCAGGUGGAAGGGGGGUGGCCGCCACCAGAGCAAUGGUGCGAGCAGCUCUUCUCCAGCGUGGUGCCGGUGCUACUGGGGGGCCCCGAGGAGGAGCCUGGUGGGCGACAGCGUCUGGACCUUGAUUGCUUUUUGUCUGACAUCUCUGACACGCUCUUCACCAUGACUCAGCCCAGCCCCACACCCAUGCAACUGCCCCCGGAGGAUGCCUACAUGGGCAAUGCUGACAUGAUCCAGCCAGAUCUGACGCCUCUGCAGCCCAGCCUGGAUGACUUCAUGGAGAUCUCAGAUUUCUUCGCCAACUAUCGCCCCCCACCGACGUCCACGCCUUCAAACUUCCCGGAGCCCCACAGCUUUGGCCCUAUGGCUGACCCCAACUUCAGCAAUGGGAUCUUGGGCUCAGAGGUACCCGCUGCCUCCUCAGGCAUGACCCACCUCUCAGGGCAGGCUCAGAGCAGCUGUCCAGGCCCCCUGGACUCCAGUGCCUUCCUGAACUCUGAAUUCCUCCUUCCUGAAGAACCCAAGCCCAAGCUCCCACCCGCUCCUGCCCCCCCACCCCUCCUCCAAUACCCUGUCCCUGCCAAGGGGCCUGCUGUGGAGCCCUGUCCCUCAACUCCCUUCCCUCCCCUGGCUCCACCCACUGUUUUGCUGCCAGAAGAGCCUAUCUUCUCACCCAGGUUCCCCUUCCCUACAGUGCCUCCUGCCCCCGGAGUAUCCCCACUGCCUGCCCCCGCAGCCUUCCCACUCACCCCACAGCCUGGCUCAAGCGCUGUCUCUACCUGCUUCCCCAUGGACCUUCUACCCUCAGGGUAUCCGGAGCCCCCAUUUGGGCUUCAUUUCACAGUGCCCCAAGGUGUGCAACCCAGGGGCAAGCCUCUCACCCCUUCCCCUAGGGGGCAGAAGCCCAGCCCCCCAACUCUGGCCCCUGCCACUGCCACUCCCACUGCCUCUGCUGGGGGCAACAACCCCUGCCUCACACAGCUGCUCACAGCAGCCAAACCCGAACAAACCCUGGAACCACCACUCGUGUCCAGCGUCCUCCUCCAGCCCCCAGGAUCCCCGCAGGAGACGGUCCCUGAUUUCCCUUGCACCUUCUUUCCCCCGACUUCGGCCCCCACACCACCCCGGCCACCACCAGGCCCAGCCACACUGGUCCCUCCCAGGCCCCUGAUUGUCCCCAAAGCGGAGCGGCUCUCACCCCCAGCGCCCAGCGGUGGUGAGCAGCAGCUGUCCCGGGAACUUAACUCCGUGCCAGGCCCGGGGACUCUGAGUGUCCAUGUCUCUCCCCCUCACCCCAUCCUAAGCCGGGCCCGUCCAGACAACAAUAAGACAGAGAACCGGCGCAUCACACAUAUCUCUGCGGAGCAGAAGCGGCGCUUCAACAUCAAGUUGGGAUUUGACACCCUACAUGGGCUGGUGAGCACACUCAGCGCCCAGCCCAGCCUUAAGGUAAGCAAAGCAACCACGCUGCAGAAGACGGCUGAGUAUAUCACCAUGCUGCAGCAGGAGCGGGCGGCCUUGCAGGAGGAAGCCCAGCAGCUGCGGGACCAGAUCGAGGAGCUCAAUGCUGCCAUUAACCUGUGCCAGCAGCAGCUGCCUGCUACCGGGGUGCCCAUCACACAUCAGCGUUUCGAUCAGAUGCGGGUCAUGUUUGAUGACUAUGUCCGGACCCGCACGCUGCACAACUGGAAGUUCUGGGUCUUCAGCAUCCUCAUCCGACCUCUGUUCGAGUCUUUCAAUGGGAUGGUGUCCACAGCAAGCUUGCAGAGCCUCCGCCAGACCUCGCUGGCCUGGCUGGACCAGUACUGCUCCCUACCUGUUCUCCGGCCAACUGUUCUAAACUCCCUGCGCCAGCUGAGCACAUCCACCAGUAUCCUGACGGACCCAAGCUGUAUACCUGAGCAAGCCACGCAGGCAGUCACAGAGGGUACCCUUGGCAAACCAUUAUAGUGCUGGCCAGACGCUGCCACUCACUCAGCUGCCCUGGGACUGUCUUCCUGGCCGAGGACUCCAGGGAUAACUUCUGCAUAUUCCCCUCCUGCUCCAGGGCCUGGUUGUACCCUUUCCUGAGGGUUGAGCAAGGUCCAGGUCUCUUCCCACCUCUUGGAAGCCAGGAAGAGCUGAUUUCCAGGCUGUGACCCUGGGAAACUCACACCCCCUUAUGGGCCACCAUUUUCCAGACUAAAAAAUGGGAAUGGGGGAACUUCAAUCAGAAAAUAAUCCCAUGUCUCAGUAGCGGUGAUACCUGGGGGCCUAAGUUGGCAACUCAGGGACCCUGAAGAAGAGAAGGGGAUCUGUUUCCCUGCCACCCUGCCUGCUUCCCCAAGGGAGGGGUGCCAGCCUCUGUUUCUGAACAGAGAAGCAGUAAAGGAGGCUCCCUCUCUCUCACCUUCACUGGUAAACUUGGGGUUGCAAGAUUGCAUCCCUGAGUGGAAGGUCUGAUCCGGGAGAGAGCAGGGCAGGGGGUGGCCAGGCCAAAGCAGGCAUCUGUGUGUGUGCGUACAUGUGCGCGUGCAUGCGUACGUGCAUGUGCGUGUGUGUGUGUGGAUUUUGUAAGGAAUUCUUGACCAAUAAAAACAAAAACUGUAGGGACUGUCAGCGUGUCUUGCUCUGGGAGAGAGCAGGGUGGCAGUGGGAGGUGGCUGGUAGAGGGGCUGGCAGGCCAUGAAAGGACUUUAGCUUUUUCUCUGAGCUAGUAGCUUUUUAGCAGAGGUGGGACAAGAUCAGAGGUAACUUCUUCACAGGGUCCCUCUGAUGGCUGAAUUGAGAAUAGGCUGCAGUGGGGCAGCUAGAAACAAGGAGUGUGGUCAGUUUUAGGCUGCUGCUGUCGUCCAGGAGAGAGAUGACACAGUCUUCCUGGAAACUCUCCCUCUGUGGACAGAAGAAGGUUCAGAGAGGGUCAUCACCUUCCAAGUUGGAAGAGGACAAAGCUGGGACCAAGGGCCAUCCAUCGGAACCAUCCAGAAGAAGCUGGUUCCUCAGGAGGUAGUGAGCUCCCCACUCUGCGAGAUGAGAACAGAGGGGGAUGGCACUUGGUUGGGAUGUCUCUGAAGGAACAAUACUGCAGAU